CCCAGCCCGACACCAUGUGACUCCCAGGAGCUGGCUGACACAGAGCAGGAGACACCCACAGGCUCUGGGCGGCAGGAGCCCACAGCCAGCCAGGACAGCCUGAGGUCCAGGGUCCAAGCAGGCAAGGAUUCGGAACGGGCACCAGGAGAGAGCAGAGUGGACGUCCCUGGCCUCCCGGCCUCCACCCAUUCCACCCUUCCCUGGAGAUGGAGUGGAAGGAAGGUGGCCAGCGCAUAGCUGCCCCCGACCGCAGCCAGGAGGACCAGGCCUUCAACCUGGUCAUUCUGGCCCUCACGGAGCUGCUCAGCCUGGGCGGGCUGCUGGGCAACGGGGUGGUCCUCUGGCUGCUCAGCCGCAACGUCUACAGGAACCCCUUCUCCAUCUACCUCCUGGACGUGGCCUGUGCCGACCUCAUCUUCCUCAGCUGCCACAUGGUGGCCGUCGUCCCCGACCUGCUGCCCCGCCAGCUGACCUUCCCAGGCUUCGUCCAGACCAGUCUGGCCACACUGAGGUUCUUCUGCUACAUCGUGGGCCUGAGCCUCUUGGCAGCCAUCAGCAUAGAGCAGUGCCUGGCCACCCUCUUCCCCGCCUGGUACCUGUGCCGCCGCCCGCGCCACCUGACCACCUGCGUGUGCGCGCUGGCCUGGGCACUCUGCCUGCUGCUGGACCUGCUGCUCAGUGGGGCCUGCACCGAGUUCUUCGGGGAGCCCAGCGGCCACCUGUGCAGGACGUUGUGGCUGGUGAUGGCGGCCCUGCUGGGCGCCCUGUGCUGUGCCAUGUGCCUGGCCAGCCUGCUCCUGCUGCUGCGGGUAGAGCGGGGCCCACAGCGGCCCCAGCCCCGGGGCUUCCCCGCCCUGGUCCUGCUGGCCGUCCUCCUCUUCCUCUUCUGCGGCCUGCCCUUCGGCAUCUACUGGCUGUCGCGGAACCUGCACUGGCACAUCCCCCACUACUUCUACCACUUCAGCUUCCUCAUGGCCGCGGUGCACAGCUCCACCAAGCCCGCCGCCUACUUCUGCCUGGGCAGCACCCAGGGCCGCAGGCUGCGCGAGCCCCUCCGCCUGGUGCUCCAGAGGGCCCUGGGGGACGAGGCUGAGCUGGGGACCGGGAGGGAGGCUUCCCAAAGGGGCCUGGUGGACAUGACGGCCUAGGCCCUCGUCCCAACCUCAGCUCUGGCCUGGAAGCCAGGGAGCUGCCCACCAAGGGGACCUCCGAAGGAGGUCUCUGCUGAUGACCUGCCUGUGAGGUCCAGUGUCACCCUCACUCCCCGUGUGAGGCUCACUGGGGAGGCUGCUGGAGGGUCUCUGGGGAGGCAGCCUGGGAAUUUGCACUUUGAGGACACCCCCCCAGGGCCAUUGUCAUGCCCAGGAACUCAUGAGAGCCCCUGGGUUACACCCACGUUCCCCAGUGACAGCAAGAGGCAGGCAAGGAAGGGAACAGGCCAGUCCCCAGGUGGGAGCAGGCCAGCCGUCUCCCACCAGCUCAUCCUGCCUCCCCCGUCUGCCUCCCCCCAGCCAAGGGCACACCCCGGAUGUGUGGGGAUGGGACAGUGUGGCCCGCCUCAGCUCCCCAAGGCCCUCCCUCCAGUGUGUCUACCAUGCCCUGAGAUUGGAAGCUGGCUCAGGCAUGGGCAAUGAGGCAUCAGAGGACCCUGGGUGGCUGGAUCUCAGAAGAAAAUGUCCGCCAGACCCCCACACCCUGGCCAGUGAGCGGAGGCUGCCCCCUCCCCCUGCACCAAGAGCAGAGCUGGCCCCUGGUGCAGGGUGCUCGGGCCAGCAGCCCACUGAACCCCGGGGAAGCUGGGUCAGGCUGCGCCCCUGGCAGACUGCUCGGACUACCCCCAGUGUCCACCUGGGUUCCUGCUGUGCUCUCCGGGCGUCGUGAGGCCCAUCCAGGCAAAGCCCCAGCAGCUUCUGCGUCAUUGGCUCAUGUCCCAUUAGGAGCUUCAGCUGAAAAUUUGUGACAUCCCGAGUGCCAGUGACCUCCCCACGAGGCGGCCGUGGGUGGAGGGCUCUGAGGCCUACCCUGCACAGCUGUGGCAGAGGAAGGCAGACAGGGGCUUGGAGGGGCUUCCAGAGCCUGGGGUUGUCGCUGACCACCGGCCCCUCAUGUAUGACUGGGUCCUGGACCACGCAGACCUCUCCCCAAGCUUCAGGCAGGCUGUUCUGCAAGAGCUCCUUCUGCAUCGUGAGAAGUGCCCUGAGUGGGCAGGAGGCCCUGGCAGUCCUGCCCACACCUGGAGCUGCCCCACAGGACAGUCUGGACUUCAGCUCUCGGGCAGCCCCCCACCUGCACCUCCCGGGUGGGCAUGUCCCACUCAGGAGGGUCGCUCUGAGGACACAGCCCACGCUCUGCCCUCAGCAGGCUGCAGAGCUCCCUGGUACUGGGCCUGGGGCUCAGAGGUGACCCAGAGCUGCUCCCUGAGCGUCUCAUUUCCCAGUGCCCGAGCCAGCUUCCAACCUCAGGGGUCAAGGGCAGGGGCUUCGGAGCCCUCCAGCCUGGGCCGAGCCAGUUCCCACCACCCCGUCUCCAUGGGCGGGUUGCUCAGCCUCCCCCUGCCCCUCUGGGCCAUCUUUAAAGCACUAGAGCCAAGUGACUUCACAGCGUGACAGGCUGUGAAGUGUGCCUGGUGCCUCAUGAGUCAACAGAACUUCACCACGUCACUGAGCCUCCAGGCCCAAGACCACCACACGUCCUAACCUGGGUGUCCUGGAGAUCUUUACAGCUGCCAGGACCUCCUUCUCACCUGGAGUGGCCGGGCCGUGGCCAGUGUGAG